CAAAGCAUUCGAGACGGCCGUUGAAUUGAAAGAAAAAAAUCAACUCUAACAGUAGAUUGGGCUUUCCUUAGCCUCGAUUGCCAUCAACGUUCGACCAAGACUAGAAUAUCUUACGCCAAGAACGUUGACACCUUUCUUCCUGAACUGUGUAGAAUUUCCAAACCCCAGCUCUGUUGUGCAUCGCAGUAGCGAGCCGCUAUGUUAUAUGCUUUUCUCUUCCAUCGCUCGUCGAUCCAUUAGUCGUCUUAGUAGCGAGGCACCGCAGGCUAGGCCGGUCUGAGGUGGUCCAGUUCAAAAAAUUCUUGUAACCAUCGAAGCAACCCAGACAGCGUUGAAGAAACGUAGAAAGUCUUCCUGAUACGUACGGGCUUAGCUGUUGUUGCAUACUGCAAGCGCACCUUACACGCACGAUACCAUCCGAUACCAUAUGGCUGCGGAACCACUUCCUAUUAAGGGCCUAUCCUUUGGACAAAGGAAAGAUCGCCGCCGCUCAAUCAACCGCUCGCUCCUUUCCAUCACUCCAGAGAACUCCAACUUACAAUUCGCGUCGCCACUCUUUUCCGUGCUACCUGCGGAACUUCGUAAUCAGAUCUUCGCUCUCGCAUGCUCUCAGUAUCGCGACACAUCCCGUCUAGUCAAAGGCAUACACCCAAGAGUCUGCCGUCCCAGUCAUCGACAUCCCGUCCGAACAUGCACCUCACUGCUCCGGACCUGCAGGUUGAUCUACUACGAGACCCACGUAAUCCCUCUCCAGAGCGCAACGCAUUAUGGUGACACAGUGAGAGCCUGGCCAAACUACGUUUUCCACCUCACGAGAGCACAACAGCUAAAUUUGUUCCACUUGCACGUCUCUGUCUAUGACUAUGGCGACAGGGACCUUAAAUUCUUCGACAAGUUUACCCGGGGCGACGGGAUGUACUGGAAAAGGAUCACUGUUCUAAAGAAUUGGUAUACUAGGAUGCCUGACCUGUGGGUACGCCCAGAGGGAACACGGCCGAGCCAUGCCCUCCCAAUCCAAGUGCCGCUAUCCUGCUCAGAAUUUGUGUUCGAGCUGGAGGUAUUGCCAGUAUGGGUCAAAAAGAAUGAGUAUCGAGGCAUGGAGGAGGCGGAAGAGUAUGUGCGGCGGAUGGAGACGUACAAAGUCUUGAAGAUAGAUGGCUCAUCUUUCGCGCGAGCUCCAUCGAGAGUUGAGCGCUUUAGUUGGACUGCGCCGAACAAACCGGAACUCGACACAAGGGCCGCGGUUGAUAUGGAGAACGUGGCGCCUAAAUGCGACGUUUUUAGGAUUGUAUGGAAGGGAGACGCCCACUUUAAUUGAAAUCAGUGAGCUUUAUCAUUGGACAACAGCACACACCAACAGAGCCAUACCGAUGUCGUUUAAGCUGGCUGAUGGUCAAGAAUAGUCUAUCCGGCUAUACAUCUUUAAUUUCAAAAUCUAGCAAGGCCAUGUAUGGUGUAUGAUAGCCAAUCUCGAUGAAAUUGUAUCAACU